GGUGCGCUUUAAAAAACACUCCUCCUGAAGCUCUCAUGAGGUCACGUGUCACUGAGUCGCAACUCAUCAUGAAGUUUCGAGGGAAGAUCAUCGACGUCGCGUGUCUCAACCACUUCACCCGAGUCGUCACCACCAUCUCCAAGCUGACGAAGAUGUGCGUCCUGCGGCUGACUCCAGACAACCUGUUCUUCGUUCUGUCCGGUAAAGUCGCUAACGGGGGCGUCGGCAUGUGGUGUGAACUGUCCCAGGCCAACUUCUUCGACGAGUACCAGAUGGAGGGUGUCUCCGCUGAGGACAACGAGAUCUGUCUGGAGGUGACGCCAGAGAACCUGUCCAGAGCCCUGAAGACGGUCCAGAGCGCCAAGGCCGUCAAAGUGAAACUAACCAAGAAGCACUGCGCCUGUCUCACCAUCGCCGCCGAGCUGCCCACCAUGUCCAGCAUCAGUCGAGUCGUCAUUCACGACAUCCCGGUAGACGUCAUCCCCCGGAGGCUCUGGCACGAGUUCAAAGAACCCAGCAUGCCAGACUUCGACGUGAGCAUCUACCUGCCUCCUCUGAAGACGAUGAAGAACGUCGUGGACAGAAUGAAGAACCUCUCUAACUUCCUGGUGAUGGAGGCCAACCUGAACGGAGAGAUGAACCUGAAGAUCGAGACUGAUCUGGUUUCUGUCACCACUCACUUCAAAGACCUGGGAAACCCUCCGUGGGGCGAUGACGCCUCCCAGGAUAGUGGUCCGUCUCAGACCAGGGACCCAGAGGCCAUGGUACAGGCCCGGGUGGACAUCAGGAAGCUGCAGCAGUUCCUCGUGGGACAGCAGGUCAACCCCAGCAAGGCCAUGUGCAAUAUCGUCCAUGAGAGGGUCGUCCACCUGAUCCUGCUUCAUGAAGAUGUGUCGCUGCAGUAUUUCAUCCCCGCUGUGGCGUAGACGCUCUGCACACAACACACGUGAUUUCUGCUCAUUGACUUUGGGGGAAGUGAAAAAAGGGAUGUGAACCUUUCCUCACGUGGCAAAGGAUUCAUCUUUCACGUGGACCCCAUGAGGCAAAACUCACAAUAUCUGGGAGUCUGUCCUUCACUUUAACGAGACUGAAGCUGGUUCCAGGUCUCGUAGUGGUCCUCAGGAAGACUUGACCCGCUGACCUGUGGUAGUAGUGAGGACAUGCUGGUAAAUGCACAUUUAUCAAGGAGGAUUUGGACGGUUGAGAUAAAAUAGAAGAACACAUUCAUUGUUCAGAUUUCAGAUUGUUAUGUUCUUGGUAUUAAACAUGUUUAAAAAUGACAAAUGUAUUGAUUUAAGUUUUUUUUU